ACACACGGGGACACAGCCAUGCUGCGGCUGCUGGUGGCCGGUGCCCACAUCCCGGCAGCCACGGGCGCCGGGCCCGGCGUGCACGUGUCCGCCCGCUUCAGAGGUGUCCCCAGGAGCACCCGGGUGGUGCCAGCAGAGCGCAGCCCCACCUGGAACGAGACGCUGGUGUGGCCGCUGGGCGUGCGUCCCUUGCACCCCUCAGCCAGCCUGGCCCUGCGCCUCCGGCACUGGGGCCAGCCGGCACCCCAGGGGGACCUGGGUGCCACCACAGUGCCACUGGGCCGGCUGGCAGAGGAGCCCGGGCUGCCGCUCGCCCUCAGCCACCUCCCGCUGCUGGACCCUCAGGGACGUCCCACGGGGGCCACUGUCACUGUCCGCUGCUCCUACGUCCCCCCCGGCCAGGUGGCAGCAGGGGACACGGUGCCACACCAGCAGGGAUGGGUGGCACCCCGCUUGUCACCCCCAUGCCUCUCCCCGGAGGUGGGGACAGCCAUCGGGGUGCCACCGGGGCCACCAGGCCACCACGCCAAGCCCGCAGCGGGGAGGAAGGAGGAUUUCCAGGUGCGGGUGAGGGUGAUCGAGGGCCACCAGCUGCAGGGGAAUGACAUCAAGCCGGUGGUGACGGUCCUCAUCGGCGAGCACCGCUUCAGGACCAGGAUCCGCGCGGGGAACAACCCCUACUACAACGAGGUGUUUUCCCAGCAUUUCCACCAAACGCCCGUCCAGCUGGCAGCAGUGCCCAUCCACAUCCAGGUGCUCAACUCCCGGGCCAUCCGCUCUGAGGCCACCAUCGGCGCCUUCAAGCUGGACGUCGGCACCGUCUACAACGCGCCCGGUCGCAGGCUGAGCUGGAAGUGGCUGAGCCUGCAGCACCCCCGGCGCCCCGAGGCCGGAUCCUGCGGCUACCUCCGCGUCAGCCUGGCCGUCCUCCGCGCCGGCGAGCCCGUGGCGGAGCCGGAGGAACCGGCAGGGAGCGAGGAGGUGGAGGCCAACCUCCUGCAGCCUUCGCCGCUCACCCCGUGCGUGGCCACGCUCCAGCUCCGCGUCUACCGUGCCGAGGACCUGCCCCAGGAGGAACCGACCCGGCCGCACCUCCCGUCGGUGCUACCGGCCGGCGGCAAGCGGGGCUUGGUGGCAGCGGCGGUGCGAGCCAGCUUCGCCGGCAGGACGCUCUGCACCCGGGUGCUGCCCCCCGAUGUCAACCCGGCAUGGAACGAGGUGCUCUUCUUCCCGCUGCGGCUGCCCCCCCUCUGUGACGCCAUCGAGCUGGCCAUCCUCAGCGGGCCCCGCGCCAAGGUCCUGGGCACUGCCACCCUGCACCUCUCCCAGAUCUCCUCCGCCGGCACCGAGCUUCAAGGGGGGGUCUCUGGCUUCUUACCCUGCUUUGGACCCAGCUUCCUCCCCUUCUAUGGCCCCCGGCCGGAUCCUGCCAGGACGCCCAGCACCCCCAGUGACACGGGGGUUGCGUACCGGGGCCGGGUGCUGCUGGAGCUCAGCACCCACACCGGGAGCCCGGAUGGGCGCCAGCAGGACACCAUCGCCCCCGAGGACGUCGCCCGCGUUCAGCGCCUCCUGCCUCGGCGCCGCCGGUUCGGGCUGUGCGGGGUGUUUUACUCAGCCACCAUGCUGGCACCCGCGCCCGAGCUGCUGCGCUUCGAGCUCAGCAUCGGCAACUACGGGGACACCGGUGACUCCACGUGCCGCCCCGCCACCCCGCACGGCCACCCCCUCUUUGACGGGAAUCGCUACCACUACCUGCCCUGGUACGACGCCAAGCCGGUGGUGGCCGUCACCUCCAUUUGGGAGGACGCCGGGCACCGCUGGGACGCCGCGAACCUGCUGCAGAACAUGGCCCAGAGGCUGGAGGGAAACGUGGCCGCGCUGCGGGACGCGGGGACGGCCACCUGCGGGGACGCCGGGAGGAGGCUGCUCCGGGAGCUGGCGCGGGACUGCAGGGUGGCACUGCCGGUGCUGGAGGCGCAGCUCCCCAAAACGCCGCUGGACGCGGAGCUGCGUGCCGCCCGCCUGCACCUCCUGCGCCUCAUGGCCGAGGCGGCGACCGCCGGCCCCCCGCGCGGCGGCUGGGCCGCGCUGCUACCAGAGGCCGAGGCCUGGCUAGGCCGCGCGGCCGCGCUGGCGGCCGAGCCGCAGGCCGGUGUCCCCGACGUGCUGCUGUGGCUGCUGAGCGGGCCGCGGCGGGUGGCCUGCGCCCGCGUCCCCGCGCACUGCCUGGCGUUCUCGCCCCGCGGCCGUGCUGCCUGCGGGAGGCUCUGUGGCCGGACCCAGACCCUCUUCUUGGGGGCCUCGGGCCACAUCCAUGCCCAGCUCCGUGUCCGGCUGUGGCUGGGGCGCGUGGCCGAGAGCCGGGACCUGCCGCGGUGCCUGGAGGGCGUCCUGCACAUCUAUGCCGAGACAUAUGAAAACCAAAUGAAGCUCCUGGGCAAGUGGAGCGGGAGGGGGCUGCCGGGGCGCCCCGGCUUCUCCGACAUCACCGGCAAAGUGGGGCUGCCCCGCCACCGGAUCCGGCCCCCCGAGGGCUGGCGCUGGGACGGACCCUGGACUGUGGAGCCACAGCGGCGGCUGCUGCUGGAUGCCGAGGCCAACCUGGGCGAGGUGCUGGAGGAGGUCUACGAGAACGAGAGCCGGCAGCCCGGCGGGGACUGGGGACCUGCCACCGUGGCCAACACCGAUGCUGCCGGUGCGGCGGUGCCCCCCAAGGAGGAGGUGGCUUGUCCCCAAGGCUGGCACGUCACCGACGGAUGGCGGGUGGAUAUGGCGGGGUCCGUGGAUGAGGCCGGCUGGGAGUACGGGGCGAGCACGGUGCCUGGCAGCCCCCCACUGGCGUGGCACCCCGCCGAGAAGACGUACCACACGCACCGGCGACGGCGCUGGCUGCGCACCCGCCGCAGGGAGCCCGGCACCCAGGGACAGGAGCAGGAUGCGGCCACCUUCCUCCAGCUG